AUGGCCACAUUUAAGCUUCGAGACGAAGGGCGCAAGUCAUGCAGCAAUGUGUUACAGACGGCACAGCCGCACACAGGGACCGCAGCGCUUCAGGGCGUGCAACCUUACAACGGUGAACUGCAUUCGCCGCACAUGGCAAACACCACCAUCACCAAUGACGACUUUCCACCUUUGCCAUUCCAGACAUCUCAGACACGAUCGUCUAAGAACAAAAAAGUCGCUAUCAAGAAACCGCACCCAAAGCCGACUGGGCACUACGCCACACUCGAUGACCUCCCAGAUGAGCUCACUCUAGAGAUAAUCAAUUACUUACCUGGCAUUGACAUGCAAGAUUUUCAGCUACGUACGCUUUUGAGCUUAUCCCGGUCUACUCGGAAUCUGCAUCGAGUAGUCAGUGACAAGAUUUAUUCGACAUAUGACAGCUACUUUUGCGAGCCAUACCUGUUCCUCCGCACCCUCAUCUCAAAUCCACGCCUUGGUGAGAGCGUUCGCCAUGCCAAGUUCCGCUAUGGCGCUGAUGCUCACCUUGAGAGGAAACGAUAUUCGCCGACUGCUCGAGACAAGAAGAUCAUCAAAGAAGGCACGAAAUCUCUCAACUUCCCAGACUGGAAAGGAUGGGCAACGCGGUGUAAUUCCGCUGAUGUCGAGCUCGACAUUCUGCACACGGCUGUCAUGCUACACACACCCAAUCUCAUGACGCUGGACGUUGAAGACGGAGUCAUCUCGGCAUACUCUAAAGCCAAGUGGCCGGAGCUCAUCAAGAAGGCCACGACUGGCGAACACUUCGGGCAGGCACACCAGUUCAGCGCACUCAAGUCUGUGCGCGUUGACGCUCAGAAUAUGGUCAUACAUCACCUUGUGCCUAUAUUGCGAUUGCCGUCCUUGCGAAAGCUCGAGCUGCGAGAGCUGAGUGAGAUCGAGCUGGACAUGCGUGCCCCAGCUGAGCUCAAACGUGUGCUUCCACAAGGCUGCAACAAUCUCGAGGAUCUCGUGCUAGAGGAUUGUUCUCUACGCUGCGAUGCACUGGAGACUCUCAUCAGCUCGGCACGAAGCUUGAAGAGCUUUCGAUUCGACGCCAGCCAAGACAGCGUGCACUUGGAUGGGUCCGGCGUCCAGUUUCUGAACGUGUUAAGGCGACAGAAAAAUUGCCUUGAAAGUCUCGACAUCUACCACGACCCAUGGUACAAAGACGACGAAGAUCCGCUACGUCAUGGCGGUCUUGAACAGUUCCCGGUGCUCAAGGACCUGAAGUGCCCCCUACGCAUGGUCAUUGACGUACGCUCAGGUGCACGUGCGACUGCGUUGGAGUUUCUACCACCGGCGCUUGAGACUCUCUGCCUCUCCGUAAGAUGGGACGCUGACGAAGAGCUAUUCUUGUCAGUUCUAGAGCGCAUGGCGAGCGAAUACGCCACCACCGUCCCUCGGCUAGAACUUCUUCAGCUCAAUAUUCAAGUACCUGCUGAAGAUCUCGAAUACGACUGUGAGCGUCUCGUCAAAGCCUAUUCUACGACUGGUGUCGAUCUCGUCAUCAACCUACCUUCUGAUAGCGACGACGACGAAUGGGGUGGUUGGCUGACUGUGCCUUCCGACUCGGACGAUUCCUCGGACGACUCGGAUGAGGUUGAGCUUUACAGUAACAAUGAUGACAGUAGCGAGAGUGACAGCGAAGCAGGGGUCAACUAGGAGGUACAAAUAAAGCUAUCCGUAUUUGCAGACGUAGCUCUCUCUGUUUACAAUUCUUCCGUGUACAGUGCUAUUAGAGUCUAGUCGCAUGAUUAUUGCGGUUUGGACAUUCAGCCUCGCUGAUAUGCUACUUGCGGCUUGUUGCCUGGAGCCGAUCCCAAGAGUGCGUCUUCGAUGCGAUGGAAGAUCGCCUCAAACGGGUAUAUUCAGCUAUCAUACUCAUCUAACACAAAACGAUGGAGCAGGGAGAUAGAUCUAAGAGAUGAGCGCUUGAUACUCGGUCUCAGCCUCUCAUUCGGUUACAUUGCGGGCGCGUACUAUGAUAUGUAAUUAGACAAAUUGCUAUGAAGUUGACUUACUGCA